AUGUCGGGACCCACCCCAUUGAGCACCCCACUUAGCUUCCACAGCCUGGACCAGGGCCGGCAGCAGGCCGAGCGGCUGAGCGUGCUGCGGGCCUCCUGUGCCAACGCCAGCCUGGCCUUCCCCACCAAGGAGCGCUCGUUCGACGACAUCCCCAACUACGAGCUGAACCACCUCAUCGUGGACGACCGCCACGGGGUCAUCUACUGCUACGUGCCCAAGGUGGCCUGCACCAACUGGAAGCGCGUGAUGAUCGUCCUGAGCGAGAGCCUCCUGGACCGUGGCGCGCCCUUCCGCGACCCCCUGGACAUCCCCCGCGAGCACGUGCACAACUCCAGCACUCACCUGACCUUCAACAAGUUCUGGCGCCGCUACGGGAAGUUCUCGCGCCACCUCAUGAAGGUCAAGCUGAAGAAGUACACCAAGUUCCUGUUCGUGCGCGACCCCUUCGUGCGGCUCAUCUCCGCCUUCCGCAGCAAGUUCGAGCUGGAGAACGACGAGUUCUACCGCAAGUUCGCCGUCCCCAUGCUGCAGCUGUACGCCAACCACAGCAGCCUGCCCGCCUCGGUCGCCGAGGCCUUCAGCUCCGGCCUCAAGCUGUCCUUCGCCCACUUCAUCCAGUACCUGCUGGACCCGCGCACCGAGAAGCUGGCGCCCUUCAACGAGCACUGGCGCCAGGUGUACCGCCUCUGCCACCCGUGCCAGAUAGACUACGACUUUGUGGGGAAGCUGGAGACCCUGGACGAGGACGCCGCCCAGCUCCUGAGGCUUCUCAAGGUGGACCAGCGUCUCCACUUCCCCCCGAGCUACCGCAACAGAACUGCCAGCAGCUGGGAGGAGGGCUGGUUUGCCAAAAUCCCCCUGGCCUGGAGGCAGCAGCUCUACAAACUCUACGAAGCAGACUUUGUUCUCUUCGGCUACCCCAAGCCCGAGAACCUCCUUAGAGACUGAAAGCCUCAGGUUUCCUUUCCUUCCCCCUUUGCCACAUUGUGCAAGUCCACGCGCUCCCGGCCGUGAGGCGGCUGAAAAGUUCUGGGACUGAGCGCAUACACACUCCAGUUUUUUAAGUAACCUACGAUUUUGCAAUCUGGACUUACUGUUGACUCCGCUGCCUAUAUCCAUUGAGCACUGUGUUAAUAUUGUUUUUUUAAGAUUAAUAUAUUUCAGAUAUUUAAUAUGAAAAGUGGAAGGACAUGCUGGAGUAAAGUGUCUCAUCUGUGC